CUGCAUGCGAUCGCACUGUUGUGUACCUCUUUGUUCUCAGCAAGGAUACCGACUCUCAAAUGGUGAAAAGGUUUCAUAUUUCAACUUUCCAAAAGAUAAAACUGCACGUAAACAACGGAUUCAUGCAAUAAGGCGCGACGAAGGGAACUAUUUUAAAAUUCAUGACAAGACAAAGGUUUGUUCUCUUCAUUUUAAGCCUGACGACUUAAAGAAAUCUUUAAAUGGAAGAAUAUUUGUAAAGGAAGGAAAUAUUUCUUCAAAGUUUGAGUGGAAGCUAGAAUCGCCGAAGAAACGAAAAGCACCAACAGUCCGACAGCCACUAGUCAAGAACUCAACAUGCAACAAUGUUCGAAGUAUUUCUUCACAUGCAGAUUUCACAGUCAGUAAAGUCGAUGACAACGAGGAAUUAUUGAAGGAAGAGGUGACAGACUUAAAACGCGUACAGGAAGUAUUGGAACGAACUAUUAAACACACUGAAGAUAGCCUUCGCGAUGCAAAAGAAACAAUCUCUAACCUUCAACAAGAAAACUGUGAUCUUAAAAAGAGUAUUUGUUUAAUUCAGGAAGAAAGCGUUCAGAACAGUGGACACAUGAAGAAACAGAGGAAAUUAUUGAACCAUUGUUGAAUUUGAACAGUCUAACGUCCGACCAAGAUAUUGCUUUCUACACAGGAUUUCCCAACUAUGAUAUAUUUGUAGCACUUUUUAAUUACCUUAACCCUGGGACACAUGGGGAAAAUAUAAG